AUGGGGGAAAACGAUGAUGAAAAAUACAGUCAAGCUGGCCAGAUAUUUGAGAACUUUGUACAAGCAUCAACAUGCGAAGGUACCAUUCAGGCCUUUAAUAUUCUCACUCGCCAACUUGAAUUAGAUCCUUUGGACAAUAGAAACUUUUACACCAAACUGAAGUCAAGAGUGACCACGUGGAAGGCCAAAGCUUUGUGGAACAAGCUUGAUAAAAGAGCAAGUCACAAAGAGUACAAACGUGGAAAAUCUUGUAUGAACACUAAGUGUUUAAUUAUUGGAGGUGGCCCAUGUGGCUUGCGGACUGCCAUAGAACUUGCCUUCUUGGGAGCCAAAGUUGUCGUCGUGGAGAAGCGGGACACUUUUUCAAGAAACAAUGUGUUGCAUCUCUGGCCGUUUACAAUCCACGACCUCCGGGGACUGGGAGCAAAGAAAUUUUAUGGAAAAUUCUGUGCAGGAUCUAUUGAUCACAUCAGUAUUCGACAACUUCAACUUAUCCUCUUCAAAGUUGCACUUAUACUAGGAGUUGAAAUCCAUGUGAAUCUAGAAUUCGUGAAGGUCCUGGAACCUCCUGAAGAUCAAGAAAACCAAAAGGUAGGUUGGAGGGCUGAAUUUCUCCCGGUGGAUCACCCUUUGUCAGAGUAUGAAUUUGAUGUUAUUAUUGGUGCAGAUGGCCGCAGGAACACGUUAGAAGGUUUCAGGAGGAAGUAGUUUCGUGGAAAGCUUGCUAUAGCUAUUACUGCCAAUUUUAUAAACAGAAAUACAACUGCAGAAGCCAAGGUGGAAGAAAUCAGUGGUGUUGCUUUCAUCUUCAAUCAGAAGUUCUUCCAGGACCUUAAAGAGGAAACGGGAAUUGACCUGGAGAAUAUUGUUUACUAUAAAGAUAGCACUCAUUAUUUUGUGAUGACAGCAAAAAAGCAGAGUCUUCUGGACAAAGGAGUGAUUAUUAACGACUUUAUUGAUACCGAGUUGCUCCUCUGUGGGGAAAACGUGAACCACAGCAAUUUGCUGUCCUACGCCAGAGAAGCUGCUGACUUUGCAACCAAUUACCAGCUGCCUUCCUUGGAUUUUGCAAUUAAUCACUAUGGGCAGCCAGAUGUAGCAAUGUUUGAUUUUACUUCCAUGUAUGCAUCUGAAAACGCUGCACUAGUGAGAGAGAGGCACAGACAUCAGCUCCUGGUGGCGCUUGUUGGAGAUAGUUUGCUUGAGCCCUUCUGGCCAAUGGGUACUGGCUGGGCCAGAGCUGCUUUUGAUACUGCAUGGAUGGUGCGGAGCUGGGCUCAAGGAAAACCCCCGUUAGAAAUCCUUGCUGAGCGAGAGAGCAUUUAUCGACUUUUGCCUCAGACUACCCCUGAAAAUAUUAACAAGAACUUUGACCAGUAUACCAUUGACCCAGCAACAAGAUACCCGAACUUGAACUCAAGCUGUGUUCGACCUCACCAGGUGAGACAAUUAUAUGUUACCAAUGAGUUACAACAAUGUCCUCUUGAAAGAGUGAGCUCCAUUAGAAGAUCAGUGAAUUUCUCAAGACGUGAGUCAGAUAUUCGACCUAACAAGCUCUUGACAUGGUGUCAGAAGCAGACAGAAGGGUACCGUAACGUUAAUGUCACAGACCUGACUACCUCCUGGAAAAGUGGCCUUGCGUUGUGUGCAAUUAUCCAUCGCUUCAGACCUGACCUCAUGUAA